UGUAGAAAGGAGGCCCCCGGGAUUCCUCCGCCCCUCCCUUGGCCAAAUCCUAGCUACGUGCCUGAAGUCAUGGCAAUGACAAUGAGUGCCCAUCACUCCUCAGACCCCAGGGUUUUGCAACUAGGAGGCAAGACAUGUGCUCUGACCACACAAGGUCCAACACUCUAUUCACUGAGCUACAGGACCAAAUAAUUGGCCCUUUUAAUUGCAGAAAAUAGCUUCAUUCACAUGACUAAGUGAAGAUGAAGUAAACAUAAAAUCUCAAAACUGAUCUUGUGAUAAUAGCAACAUUCCACUGUAAGAAUUUUUAUUGGCUGUUCUACUCAUAUUGUGGAUUCAGUGUUGCUACAGUGAAUCUCUUUGACACAAACAAGAUGGCUGAUGAUCUCUCUAUGACUGAUGAGCCCAAGACUGGCGAGGAUGGCACGAUCGAGUUCAAGGAAGACAAAGAGGUGACGAAGGCUCGUCAUGACAUCUUCAUUCAGGAGAUUGAGGCGAUGGACGACUACUGGGGCUCGACGUUCCGCACCAUUUACACCAAGGAGGAGCAGGAACAGUUCAUGCAGGAGCUCGACGAGCGUACGCGCGAGCACGACAAGAACAUCGAGCGCAUGUGCAACUUCCACUACCAGGGCUUCAUCGACUCGAUCCGUGAGCUGCUGCAGGUGCGCACCGAGGCUAGCAAGCUGAAGCGCGAGGUGGUCGGCGUCAACCAGGAGCUGACGGACGCCUCCCGGCAGCUGCUCAGGCACGGAGACGCGCUUUGCAAGGCGCGCCGCGUCCAGUCCAACAUCCACGAGGGCAUCGAGGCGCUCAAGGCCUGCCUGCCCGUGCUGGAGACGCACGCCCGACUGAAGAAACAGAUGGCGGAGAAGCGCUUCUACCCAGCGCUGAAGACGCUGGAGACCCUGGAGAGCACGAUGCUGCCGAAAGUGUCGGGCCACAAGUUCGCGCAGGUGAUCGCUGCAUCUGUGCCGAAAGCUCGCGCUAACAUCCAGGCGGCAGCCAUGUCCGACCUGAAGGAUUUCCUGGAGGUGGUGCGCCGCGAGUCUCCGCGUAUUGGCGAGGUGGCCAUCCGGCACGCGGACGAGCAGUAUGGCACCGACCCGGCGGCAGAAGAGCGCGCCGCCAACAAGCGGCACACGCUGGCCUUCCUCGGCGAGGAGCCGCUGGCGCCGGAGACACUGUACCAGACCGAGGGCGAUGAGGACGAGCGGGUGGCCCAGGAGCUGGUCAACUUCUCGCCUGUCUACCGCUGUCAGCACAUCUUCACCGCGCUGGGUGCCAAGGACACGUUCCGCGCCUACUACGUGAAGCAGCGACAGAAGCAGGCGGGCCUGGCGCUGCAGCCGCCGGCGGGUAUGCACGACACGCUGACUGCGCUGCAUGACUACCUGCACGGCGUGGCCGGCUUCUUCGUGGUGGAGGACCACAUCCUGAACACGACCACGGAUCUAGUGACGCGCACAGAGCUGGACCAGCUGUGGGCGAGUGCUCUGGCCAAGCUGACGACGGCGCUGCAGUCUCACGCUGCCUGCCUCACGGACGCCAACACGCUGCUCACCUUCAAACAGCUGGUGAUGGUGUUUAGCCACGCACUGCGCAACUAUGGCUUCUCGGUGCAGCCGCUGCACGACCUGCUGCUGGAGGUGCGCGACCACUACAGCGAGGUGCUGAUGCAGCGCUGGGUGGCCGUCUUCCGCGACAUCUUCGACAAGGACAACUACCACCAGGUGCAGGUGGACACGACGCGCGAGUACGAGCAGAUCCUGCAGGUGUUCCCCUACUCGAGCGAGGCGCUGGAGAAGGCGCCGCUGCCGCGCCGCUUCCCCUUCUCGCUGAUGGUGCCGAAGGUGUACUCGCAGGUGAAGGAGUUCAUCCACUCGUGCCUGCGCUUCUCCGACGGUCUGAACCUGAGUCAGAGCGAGCGGGACGACAUGCUGCGCCGCUCGACUAAUGUGUUGCUUACGCGCACACUGGCUGGAUGUCUGACUACCCUGGUGCGCCGGCCCGGCCUGAGCCUGCUGCAGCUCAUCCAGGUGACCAUCAACACGAUAUACCUGGAGCAGGCCAGCGUCUACCUGGAAGACGUCAUCACCGAGCUGACCGGCUACAACCCGAAGCAGGAGGGCGGCGUCCACUCGCGCCUCCAGGGCCGCUCCAUGUUCAAAGACGUGCGCGCGGAGACCGAGCAGCAGAUCUACAUGCAGCUGCAGACGAAGAUUGACGAGUUCCUGAGUCUGGCGGCCUACGAUUGGCUGCUGGCGGAGUCGGACGGCACGGCGUCGCCCUAUCUGGUGGACCUCAUCUACUUCCUCAACAGCACGUUCACGGCGUUCACCAACCUGCCGGCCAAGGUGGCUCAGACGGCGUGUAUGAGCGCGUGCCAGCACAUCGCGCGGGGUCUGCUGGCCGUACUGCUGGGGGAGGAGGUGAAGCAGCUCUCCCUGGGCGCGCUGCAGCAGCUCAACCUGGACGUCAUACAGUGCGAGCAGUUUGCUGCCUCGGAGCCUGUGGCCGGGUUCGAGGAGGGCGCGCUGCAGAUGUGUUUCGCCGACCUGCGCCAGCUGCUGGACUUGGUCCUCGAGUGGGACUGGACCACCUAUUUCCAGGAGUACGGUACCGGGGACGGUCGGUACGGUCGCGUCAGUCCGGCGCGCGCGGCGGUGAUUGUGGAGAAACUGCGAGAGGCCGACAAGAGGAACAUGUUCUCCGUGCUGAAGAAGGCCGAGAGAGAUAGGAAGAAGCUGCAGGAGACGGUGCUGCGCCAGCUGCGACAGCUGGCCGGCAAGGAGCUGUGAUGACGGCAGGAGAGACAGACGGACAGAUAUACCCACAUCCUGAGGGGGAAGCCUACAGGCAUACGUCAUACUGACAGACGAGCGGACUUUCAGGCAUUCUGACGGACAAUAGACAGACUGAAGGACAUACUGGCGCAGGGCUUACACAUACACACAUACUGACGGACGAGUGCACUCGAUGUGCAGAGCAAGAUGUAAGGUGCCUUACCUUAUUUGGUAUCGAAGGGCUUUAAAUGCACUUAGCGUAUCACUGAAAAAGAACACUGGCAGCUUACUUCUGGGGUGUUGAUACGGUUCUUGGGCGCCGAUUAUUGGGCUGCUCGUACUUUAUAUGACGGUCCGGAUCUGUAGGCGGCGCCACUGUAGCUGAGUGGGACCAGAGGCAGCUUUGCUUCCAUAACCUGUUGGUCUUCCAUUUGUACGUUGACGUCGGUGUAGUGAUCUGUAUUUUGUGGCCGGUAGCACACCAGGUCGACCCUUUUGUCGUCCUGUGUGCGCCCUACGUUUGUUAGUGCCUUGUCAUCUCGAUAUCAGGACAAAUUUGGCCAUUGAGUGAACGGUUACAUUCCCGGGGAAACAUUCGGUGGUGAAGGGUUGCUUAUUGUGUGUGCUGUACCGUACGUCGAACAAAACUUGUUGAUAUAUGCAGUACUUAGUUCAUGUUUUGUAUUGUUCGACGCUUUGUGUAACACCAUGGGAUCUAGCGAUAUUCAUUAUUAUUAUUAUUUUUUUUUUUGUAAAAGCGCUGUAUGUCGAUAACAUUGCCAAUAAGAGCGCCAAUACCUGAGCACCUGCACCGCUAGGCGUUCUUGGCACGGUAUUGCUGUCCAGCCGCUGUUAGGUAUCGUUCUCUUUCCAUGCUUACCUUCUAAAGUCUGUUUCCUGAGCAGCUCUCCAUAAUAUGUACUUAGCACAAUACCGGUUGUGAUGAUCUUGUUGCCAGCACCUAGGCUGUAGAGUGUAAGUCGUUUUUGUAUGCGGCUUGCACAGUUUUUACUGAAUAUCGUAUUUUGGCUGGUUAUUUUAUAUGAGUGCACUGUUACUAAUAUAUCAAUAUUAAUGGUUGUUUAAGAAGUUAGUGUUUGUACGUCUUGUUAUUCUACUAGAAAUACAUAUCGAUGUUUGCA